AAGGAAAUAAAUCUCUUCACUUCAUCGUCUCCUUUCUCUCUCUCUCUCUCUCUCUCUCUCUCUCUCUCUCUCUCUCUUUUUUUGUUUCUACAGACAACGUGCAUAAAAGGAGGAGAUUGUGAAAGUUAAGAAGAAGGGAGUUUCAAAUUGACUUGUUGACAUUUUGACUUAAUUCCAUUUCCAUGGCGCCCGCGAUGAAGAUCGUUUUCGCACUUCUCACUUUCGUCACUGUCGGAAUGAUUAUAGGUGCUCUCUCUCAAUUGGCAUUCAUACGAAAAUUGGAAGACUCAUAUGGUACUGAUUCUCAACCAUUUAGAAGAUUGCGUGGAUUGGAGAGAAGUGGUCACCUUCAGUUGCCCAUGGGCAUUCCGUAUUGGAAUAAUGACAAGGAGGCAGAAAUUUUACGCCUUGGAUAUAUCAAACCUGAGGUGCUUAGCUGGUCUCCACGAAUUAUUUUACUGCAUAACUUCCUGAGCUUGGAGGAAUGUGAUUAUCUUAGAGCAGUAGCCCUCCCUCGCCUAAAAAUUUCAACAGUGGUGGAUGCAAAGACUGGAAAGGGAGUCAAGAGUGAUGUCAGGACAAGCUCUGGUAUGUUUUUGAAUUAUGAAGAGAAAAAAUAUCCUAUGGUACAUGCAAUUGAAAAAAGAAUUUCUGUCUAUUCUCAAGUACCAAUUGAAAAUGGAGAGCUUAUGCAAGUCCUGAGGUAUGAGAAGAAUCAGUUUUAUAGACCCCAUCACGACUAUUUUUCUGAUACUUUCAACUUGAAGCGUGGUGGGCAGCGAAUAGCUACAAUGCUUAUGUAUUUAGGUGACAAUGUUGAGGGAGGAGAAACACAUUUCCCACUGGCUGGUUCAGGUGAAUGUAGCUGUGGUGGGCAAUUAGAGAAAGGGAUAUGCGUGAAACCAGUUAAAGGAAACGCGGUGCUUUUCUGGAGUAUGGGACUGGAUGGACAGUCAGAUCCGGAUAGUGUGCAUGCAGGAUGCCCAGUAAUCUCUGGGGAGAAGUGGUCUGCUACAAAGUGGAUGAGGCAAACAACUCACGUAUGAUUUAGCUGCCUUGUGUGACUAGAAAGAAAAAAUCACCUGGAAAUAGUGGUCAUACUUAGUUAUUAUUGGUAGUAUAAAUAUUCAAUAGGUGAGUUUGGAUCAAUAAACUACAGGAUAAACUGAUAUUUUAUUAGAUACACAAUGAAUGUUUGAUCUAUAUCAUUGGGUGUCUGUUAAAUAUAUAAUUAAGUUUCUGAUAAAUCUCUACACUGUAGACAUUUUGUCUUUGAUUGUCAUUUAGUCUCGGAUGGAAGGCACCAUCAA